AUGCCUCCCGAGGUGGGCUGGAUAUAUAUCCGCAUUUGGGACCACAUACCAUCUCAAUUCCUUCAUAUUGACUUACAGGCUAGCAUCAUUGGUCUAGUGGUAGAAUUCGUCGUUGCCAUCGACGAGGCCCGUGUUCGAUUCACGGAUGAUGCACAACAAUUUAUUUUUUGCUCCUGCUGA